GAACCACACUCCAAUCCAGAAGGUGGCAGUAAUGCGCCCGGAAGCUGUUUGCCAACCUUCAUUAUAAGUAGAAGACGAACUACUGUUGUUAGCCUGCUAUGCUAACAUCCAACAGAACAUGAUGCUACUCGGCUAAAUGCUUUCGGAUCAAGUCUUCUACUACACACGUGGUUUUGUUGCGUUUAUAACAAUUGUCGGCAGAAGUAAAGCAAGUCGCCAUCUUCCUUAUUCGUCUUCGCUGCGUUCUCGGAGAAGUUAGUUGGCUAAAGCGUUUGAAUGGAAAUGUCUACAAUCCAGAGUUUAAGACAGUUUAUCAACGAGAGGUUACAAACUGCUGCUGAAGACAUAUUAGGAUGUUUUGAAGCGACUGUCGCAAAGUACGAGGAUGAGAUCGGUCGUCAGCGCAGAGUGCUGGAUGUAACUUUGAAACCUGUAGUAAAGCUGCAGAGAAUAGAGCUCCCACAGCGACAUGUCUGUAUCAAGGAAGAGUUUCCUGCUGACCUGCUUGAGAGGAACCCCAGUCCAGACCAAGAGGAGCCAGAACCUCCACAGAUUAAGGAGCAACAGGAGGAGCACUGCAUCGAGCUCCCAGAGCAACACUUUCUUAAAGAGGAAGAGUUUCCUGCUGACCAGCAGCUCUGGAGCCUUGAGAGGAAACCCAGUCUGGACCAAGAGGAGCCAGAACCUCCACAGAUUAAAGAGGAGGAGGAGAUCUGCACCAGUCUGGAAGUGGAGCAGCUUGUAUUGAAGCAGGAGGAUCAAGAUAACCUUUUGUUGAAUCCUACUUUCAAGGAAAGUGACCACAGUGAACCAGAACCAAGUGACCACCAGCUCCUCUCCCACAGCUCAGCUCAGAGCCAAGAUCUCAAAGGAGGCCAGCAUGGAAACUCAACAUCAGUUAAAAAUACAGAGCGGGCAUCAGAAAAGGAACAUCAUGUCAUCACAAGAGCAAAAGAAAGCACAAGUCCCAGUAACCUUGCAUGUAGCAUUACCAUGUCAAAGAUUGUGCCGAAUAUCUGCAAGAGUAAAAAGGUUUUCCAGUGUAACACUUGUGGAAAAGUCUUUAAGUGGAGGUCACGAUUAAAUAGACAUCUGAAGGUGCACACAGAUGAGAAACCAUAUGUUUGCAAAACCUGUGGAAAAAGAUUUUGUUACAAGUCAGCACUAAAAACACAUUUGAGAGUCCACACAGGGGAGAAACAGCAUUCUUGCGAAAUGUGUGCAAAAAGUUUCACAACUAGAAGUUACCUUCAGCGACACGAGAUAACGCACACGGGCGAGAGACCUUUUCCUUGCAAAACUUGCGGAAGAAGUUUUACAACUAGAAUGAAUCUGCAGGUCCACGAGAGAAUACACACGGGCGAGAAACCUUUUUCUUGCAAAACUUGUGGGGAAAGUUUUAUGCGUGGAAAUACCCUGCAGGUCCACGAGAGAACACACACGGGCGAAAAACCUUUUUCUUGCCAAACUUGUGGGAUAAGUUUUAGUCUGAGAAAUACCCUGCAGAGACACGAGAGAACACACACGGGCGAGAGACCUUUUCCUUGCAAAACUUGUGGGAGAAGUUUUACAACUAGAAUGAAUCUGCAGGUCCACGAGAGAACGCACACGGGCGAGAAACCUUUCUCUUGCAAAACUUGUGGGAAAAGUUUUACAACUAGAAAUGUCCUGAAGAUACACGAGAGAACGCACACGGGCGAGAGACCUUUUUCUUGCAAAACUUGUGGGAAAAGUUAUACACGUGGAUGUAGGUUGAAAGUUCACAUGAGAAGCCAUAAAGGUGAGGAGCCGUAUCCCUGUACAACUUGUGGGGAAAGAUUUGUUAGCAAAUCACUUCUAACCAAACAUUUGAGUACCCACACAUAGCAAAACUGAUAUUUUUGUAAAAUGUUGGAAAGAUCUCUGUCUUGCCAGUUUAUACAAAGUCCACAGGAGAGUACAUCCAGUUGAGAAGCCAAAUCAAUGGCAACACGAGAGGGAUAAGAUUAGCUCAUGCAUUGCCAAAGAAGUUGUUACUUAGUUAUUGAUUCAUUAAUUAGUGAUACAACAGUUAGCGAAAAUGACACUGGAAAUGUUUCCAGGAGACCAAAAAAGUGAUGAACCUAGUUGUAGUUCAAUGCUUUAUGAAGUUCCAUCACCACUGAUGAGGAGCAGACUUCAAUAACUUCACAAAGCAUUGAACUACAGCCAGGUUCAUCACUUACAUCUACACAAGAGAGAUUGUCUACAUUUGCAUUAGCUGCAUCUCUGUAACUGAAUGUGGAAAAUAUCCCAUUGAGGAAACAUCACAAUAUCUUUGAUGCAGUACAUGGUCAACAACAUUUGCUGAAGUACCCACGUUUCUGUUCUUGAUGUGACUGUCAUUGAUAUUUACAUCUGCAAAGGAAGUGAUGUUUUCACCCAUGUCUCUUUGUUUAUUCAUUUGUCAGCAAUUUAUACCAAAUGGUGCAGGAAGGGGACGGGGGUGAGAGAAAUUGAUUGGGUUAAAGUGGCAGAUCCAGGAUAUUUUAUUAUCACUGAAUGUUGAGAGAUUGUUGUCAAUGUGUCAGGAAAGACUGGAUCAAGAUGUAAAAAUCUGACAUUUGUGGUACAGAGAUUUAUAAGAACACAGAAUGUGGUGCAGAUUAUCAGAUGACUUCUCUUUUUCUAUUCUCUUUUGUUAAUGUGUACACAGUCCUAAAUGACUCUCACUGUAAAUGGUUAUUCUUUUGUACUACGUGUUUUCAAUACUUCAGUGCAUGUGCAGUUUAUUAAAGUUUCUUGAAUUAU